ACCCCGCCCCUUACCUUUCUGGCCUUGACUCCACCCUUCGUCCCUACCCAGGGCCUGGGCGUGGCGAUGAAGGGCGCGCGCAAGCCUAAGCGGGCCCCGGGCGGACCUGGUGAGGCCGGAUGGCAGGGCAGGGGAGGAGCCGGGUCCGGAGGGUUUGUCCCUGGUUAGGGAGCCUGGGAAGCAUGGGGCCCGCAAUGCGGAGGCCGCUGCCUCGCGUGCGCCCCCUGCCGGGGGGCUCGUACCUGUCCUGGGGUGGAUGCCAGCCCUUCGCCCCAGCAGACCGCCCCCUGGUUCCAGCUUACGCCCCGUGCCGCCCUGGGCGCCUCCAGCGCCACCUCCUGAGCGGCGAGUUCGACCAGCUGCGCGACUUCCCCAUCUUUGAGAGCAACUUCGUGCAGGUGACCCGGUUUGGAGAAGUCGCCAACAAGGUCACCAUGGGGGUGGCAGCCUCUAGUCCAGCCCUGGAGCUGCCAGACCUGCUGCUGCUUGCUGGCCCUGACAAGGAGAAUGGACGCCUACAGCUCCUCGGGCUGUUCCCCUUGCAAUUCGUGCAGCUGUUUGUGCACGACGAGAGCCGCCAGCAGCUCAAGGUCAAGUUCCGUACGGGUCGUGCCUUCUACCUGCAGCUGCGUGCACCGGCAGAGACCCGCGACCGCGAGUUCGGCCGCUGGGUGCGUCUGCUCUACCGUCUGCGCUUCCACUCGCCCGCCUGUGCCGUGCCCUUCACGCACGAGGACACCGCGCCUGAGGAGGACGAGGAGGAGGAGGUGGAAGAGGAGGAGGAGGAGGAAGAGGAGGGCGAGGAGGGACAGCGGCCCCCGGAGCUCCAAGCCAUAGAGGCAAGACUGGACCCGCAGGUCUCAGAACUCUGGGGACUCUGAUUCACACCAGAUCGCCAAAGAACUGGAGAUGAAGCCAGCUCAGCUCAGAGCCAGACAGAUGAAAUUUUAAAGUUAAUAAAUGUCAGGCUCUUAAGAACGAACACCUAGGUCCUGGCUCUUUAAUGCCACAAUCACCAAGGCAACAGGCUGCCCCAGGUCUUCCUCUAGCAUGCUUUGUGCACGCUGUGUCCUUGGUGCUCCGGUACCCACUUUCCCCAAGGCUUUUCCAGUUGCCUCCUCUUCCCUCUGGUGAUGAAACCCAGAGCCUCCCACAUUCUAAGGAAGCACUCCACCAGUGAGCCGCCCCUAAAUCCCUCACUGCAGGGUUCUAUGUAGGGGCUCUACUGCUGAGCCCCACCCCAAGCCCUCUUCUCUUUAUUUUUAUUUUAACGCAGGUGUUUUUUAAUUGCCCAGGAGGACUCUGGCCUUCCAGAUAGCUAAGAUGGCAGGUGUUCCCAAGCCUGUCUCGGAUGUUCUGUCCUGCCUGACUCCUUCCCUCUGGUGAUGUUCAAAAGAGUUCAGGCCACAGAGCAUGAGUUUCACCUUUGACUACUGUAAACGCCAUGGCAAAGCAGUUCCCUCAGGAAAUGCCAUCUUC